UCCUGGUGAGAGGUUGUGGCUGCUGCCGGUUGGCUGGCUGGCUUCCUCGCUGAGCACGUCCAGAACAAUUCUCGCGCGAAUGUAAACACGGAUAAACAUCACUGCAAAAAAACUUCAGUCUUUCCGGUAGUGAUAAUUUUUCGCUUGAAUAUUCAAAGCCUUCGACUUUCUCCCCGUUUUCGUGAACAUCUUGUUGCUUUGGAGUUGAAUGCUAAUUUACUAAAGUGUUGAGAGAGAGAGAGAGCGAAAGAAAAAAAAGAGAGUGGCCUGUCCCACGCACUUUUAUUACCGAAGGAAAAGAUUCGUGGUUUCCCCGAGAUGUUACUCGCUUUUUCCUUCCUACACGACUGAGAGAGAAAUGCAGAGCGGAGUUAGAGGGACACGCGAAGCAGCGCAUCUGCGAGGAGGAGACCAGACCCCAGUGAAAAAAUGCCGUUUCGCGACGCAAUCCCAACAAGAAGAAGAAGAGGAAAAAGAGAAAGUGUUUUCAUUUGAUGCUUCCAUCUGUCCCGAAGACGUUUUUAAUCCCGGCAAGAGGAGGACAUUCUCUGAUGCCAGUUCUUGAAGUGUUCGAGAUCAGCAGCGCGUUGCCGGAUUAAACCAAAUGCAGGCUGCCGGAUUCAAAGCUAAGGGUGCCAGAUUAUAAACACAGGGUGCCAGAUUUUAAAUGUAGACUGCCAAAUUAAAAACACGGGGUGCCAGAUUCAAAAUACAAAAACAGGGUGCCGGAUUAUGAACACAGGGUGCCAGAUUCAAAAUACAGGGUACCGGAUUAUAAAUGCAGGGUGCAGGAUUAUAAAUGCAGGCUGCCGGAUUAAAAACACAGGGUGCCGGGUUAUAAAUACAGGGUACCGGAUUAUAAAUGCGGGGUACCGGAUUAUAAAUAAAAGGUGCCAGUUAUAAGUACCGGAUUAUAAAUGCAGGCUGCCAGAUUAUAUAAGCAGGCUGCCGGAUUAUAAAUGUAGGCUACUGUAUUAAAAAUGCAGGGUGGUGGAUCAUAAACACAGGGUGCCGAAUUAUAAAUACAGUGCCGGAUUAAAAAUCCAGGCUGCCGGAUUUAAAAUACUGGGUGCCGGAUUCUGUAUACAGGGUACCAGAUUAUAAAUGCAGACUGCCAGUUUAUAUAAGCAGGCUGCCGGAUAAUAAAUGCAGGCUGCCGGAUUAUAAAUGCAGGCUGCCUUAUUAUCUACACAGGGUGCCGGAUUAUAAAUGCAGGCUGCUGAAUUAUAAACGCAGCCUGUCGGAUUAUAAACGCAGGCUGCCGGAUUAUCUACACAUAGUGCGGAUUAAAAACAGUGGGGUGAUGAAAUGAAUCCUUUCCUUCUCUUCGUCGAAUUCUACUACUUCUGGUGCUCAAAGACCCUCGUCUAAAUUCAUAGGGCGACACUUGAUAGUUCUCUCUCUCUCUCUUUCUCCUUGCCCGUGUAAACAAUAAGUUGAGGGGGAGAGACUGAUAUCAAUGCAGGUUACUGGGUGAUACCUUUGCCUACUAUCAUCGAUUUCUCUGUUACUGAUGGAGGUACGAGUGACUGAGAAAUAUAAAUGGUAAGGUUUUAUAUCACAUGACAAUAAGAGCGAAGUUGUUUAAGAGGUUUUUUUUUAUGUGUGUUAAAGGAUUGUAUUAUUAAUUUCUCUGUUACCUAUGGAGGUGAAAGUGACCAAGAAAUAUAAAAUAUAAUGGAUGAAAGAUUUUUUAUAUUUGGCAUGUGAGAAAAAGUGACAAAAAAAAGAAAAAGCUGAAUUAACGAGAAAUGUAUCAACAAAUUAUUUGAUAUAAAUAAAAGUGACUCAAUGAAACUGAAAUGAGUCAUCUCGCGCCACUCAUGUCUACUGGACGGAAUGUCGGGAAAAAGAAAUGAAGAAAAAUGGAAGGAAAAUGAGUAAGAAGUGAAACGAAGAGAGAAAUAAAAAAAAAAAAAAAUGCCGGCAGGAAUUCCAUUAGCCCAAGAUCCUUCUCAGGAGGCAUUAAGUGUAAUGAGACUGGACGCCCCAGUUGGCAACAAGGGCUUCUAUGGGCCGCCUAACGAUUGGGCGAGGCCCCACGCCCAUGCCAAACCACGCCCACGCCUGUGCUUCCCUCAGGCAACCCUGCUUCCUCUGUGCGUCCUCGUGGUGUCGUUUCUUCACGUCGCCCUCGGCUCCGACGUCAUCAGAAUAGGUGGUUUAUUCGAUAGCACCGACGAUCGCCAGGAGGAGGCCCUGCGGUACGCCGUCGACGCCAUCAAUAGCGACAGGAAGCUUCUCGCGCAUGCGCGCCUGUCCGCGCAGAUCGAGAACAUCCCCAACAGCGACUCCUUCCGGGGUUCAAGAAAAGUGUGCUCUUUGCUCAAGUCCGGCGUGGCGGCCAUCUUGGGACCCCAGUCCGGACAGACGUCUGCGCAUGUGCAGUCGAUCUGCGACGCCCUGGAGAUCCCACACAUAGAAAACAGAUGGGACUUCCGACUCACCAGAGACGCUUACUCCGUCAAUCUCUACCCUCAUCCCUCGUCCCUUGCGAACGCUUACAUGGACGUCCUAAGAACUCUCGGAUGGAAGAAGUUCUGCAUCAUCUACGAGAACAACAACGGCCUCAUACGAGUCCAGGAACUCCUUAAGGAUCAAAGCUUCGACAUCAAUCUGAGGCAGCUGCCGUACUCGGACGAUUACAGGCCUAUGCUGAAGGAGACAAAGAAGGCCGGGGUGACUCACAUCGUCCUGGAUGUGCAAAGGAAAAACAUCUUCACGGUACUGAAGCAGGCGCAGCAGAUCGGCAUGAUGACGUCAUACCACAACUAUUUUAUUACGUCAUUGGAUCUGCACACUGUAGAGCUGGAAGACUUCCGUCACGGGGGCACGAACAUCACGGCCCUGCGAAUCGUGGACCCGGAGAACCCGCUGGUCCAGAGGGUCAUAAAGGACUGGAUUUUUGGGCAGCUUCGCUACGGCCGGAACGCCGAGGAACAGCCGGUCACGCCGACGGCUGUCCCCGCUAUACAGGGAGGCAACAUGACGUUCUUAAAGACUGAGGUCGCCCUGAUGUACGACGCCGUUCAGCUGUUCGCCAAAGCGCUGGAUGACCUCGACAGAUCGCGUCAUAUCGACGUCACGCCGCUGGACUGUGACGGGGACACGACCUGGGUCCACGGGAACUCGCUCAUCAAUUACAUGAAAUGGGUCCAGGUUAAUGGACUGACGGGUCUCAUCAAGUUCGACACUGAGGGCUUCAGGCGAGACGUGGCCCUAGAGAUCAUUGAGUUGACCAAGGACGGCUUAGUGAGGGUUGGAAAGUGGGAGCCAACGACCGGAGCAAAUUACACUCGAACGUACAAGGAAGUGCAACAGGGAAUUGUCGAAAGUCUGCAAAAUAAGACCCUCAUUGUCACAUCUCUCUUGGCCGCCCCUUACAACAUGCUACGGGAGACUUCCGAGCAGAUGACGGGCAACGAUCGGUACGAGGGAUUCUGCGUCGACCUCAUCCAGGAAAUAUCAGAGAUCCUGGGCUUCAACUACACGGUGAAAUUGGCCGACGACGGCCAGCACGGCAAAUACGAGGAGAAAAGGAAGAGGUGGAACGGCAUGAUUGGGGAGCUGCUCGAUCAGAGAGCGGAUCUCGCCAUCGGUGACCUGACCAUCACCUACGAGAGAGAACAAGUCGUCGACUUCACAAUGCCCUGGAUGAACCUAGGAAUCACGAUCCUCUACCGAAAGCCGACGAAGAAGCCGCCCAACCUCUUCAGCUUCCUCUCGCCCCUGUCCCUGGACGUGUGGCUCUACAUGGCGACGGCUUACUUGGCGGUGUCCUUGCUCCUUUUCGUGUUGGCUAGGUUAAGUCCCUAUGAAUGGAUAGCGUCAUUUCCCUGCCGAGAAGAAGAGGAGAGAUCUCUGGAAAACCAGUUUACUCUGUUCAACUCGCUCUGGUUCACAAUGGGCAGUUUACUCCAGCAAGGCACUGACCAGCAGCCCAAAGCCGUGUCGACGAGGAUCGUAGCUGGGAUGUGGUGGUUCUUCACUCUCAUCAUGAUCUCCUCCUACACUGCCAAUCUGGCAGCCUUCUUGACGGUCGAGCGGAUGGAGUCACCUAUUGAGUCUGCGGAGGACCUGGCUAAACAGACCAAGAUCAAGUACGGGUCUAUGGGAGGAGGUUCCACCUACACCUUCUUCAGCACCUCCAAGGUGCCGACGUACCAGCGCAUGUUCAGCUUCAUGGAAUCCCAGACGCCCUCCGUCUACACGAAGAACAACGACGAGGGCGUGAAGAGAGUCCAGAAGAGCGACGGCCUCUACGCCUACAUGAUGGAGUCCUCCAGCAUCGAGUACAUCACCGAGAGGUACUGUGACCUGACCCAGGUCGGCGGGCCGCUCGAUUCCAAGAGCUACGGCAUCGCGCUGCCCCCAGGCUCACCCUACACGCACGCCAUCUCGGGAGCAAUCCUAAGCCUGCAAGAGAGCGGCAAACUGCAAGAACUUAGGACUCGCUGGUGGAAACACAAAAAGGGAGGGGGGCAGUGUAAAGACGACGAGAGCAAGAGUUCGUCGAAGGCCAACGAGCUGGGACUGAGCAACGUCGGGGGAGUGUUCGUGGUCCUGCUGGCUGGAAUGGGACUGGCCUCCGUGGUCGCCGUGUGCGAGUUCGUCUGGAAGUCCAGGAAACUCGCCACCGAAGAACACGACCUUCCCCCUCGGAACUCCCCUAGCAAAUACAUCCCUCCAGAGGAGAUUCCUGCCUCUUCUCUGACCACGGUGAGGAGCUCGCAGUCCCUUGACAGGGUGUCCAGGGGCUCCGCCCCCACCGAAAUCUCUGAGGCCACGGGUCACGAGAUACCGCCCGAGCGUUCGUCCCUUCAGUCUCCCGACCUUCCCUUUCAGCUCAUCUCCACCGUAUGACACUAGGGCAGCGUAGGUCACCGCAAAGAGGUCCACACUGCGUUGAUUCACAUCGCACACACGCAGUUAUAAUGAUCAUCAGAAGUAGAAGAAAAGUAGUAGGCGCGAGUUGGGUUGUGCGACAGCUUUCAGUGCGAUGACGUCACGCGAGCCGAGAGCUCUCAGUACUGUGAUGACGUCAUGCGAGCCGACACCUAUCAGUUCGAUGACGUCACGUGGGCCACAGCUCUGAGUAUGUUGACUUCACGCGAGCUGACACCUAUCAGUUCGAUGACGUCACGUGAGCCACAGCUCUGAGUAUGGUGACUUCACGCGAGCCGACACCUAUGAGUUCGAUGACGUCACGUGGGCCACAGCUCUGAGUAUGGUGACUUCACGCGAACCGACACAUAUCAGUUCGAUGACGUCACGUGGGCCACAGCUCUGAGUAUGUUGACGUCACGUGAACCGACAGCUCUCUGAGCGAUGACGUCACGUGAACCGACAGCUCUCUGAGCGAUGACGUCACGUAAACUGACGGAAAGCUUUCAGUGUGGUGACGUCAUGUAAACCGACGAAAGGUCGUUGAUAUAUUUUAUAUUUUUUUAUUAGUAUUUUGAUGAUGUUACAUUUCUUUUUGUUUUAUCUAUAUUGAGUAUUUCUAUUCACGACAAUAUCGUUUUGUGCUUUAGGCAACUUAGUGUUUUUCGUUUUAGAAAAAUGUCUUUUAAAAUCGAAUGGAGAAUCGUGCUGGAUGCGAACACCCGCCUUGUCCUGUAAGAAGGAAAUUUACUGUAUAAAAAAGGGCCACUUAAAGAGUCAGCAAAUAAAACGUAAACUCCAAGAGCGAAGGUAUGUAAACGAACAAAAAUACCAUCGCUCAUGACGGCGCGUAUAAACAAUCUCUUCCUCCAGCGGUGACCAGGUGCUCUUGCUUGAUCAAGGAACUAUAACUCUCAAGGAAAUGGCUCCUGAGAGUCUUCGUCGGUGCGUGAGUGAGUUCUCGUUGUGUGCUUCACUUUGAUCGUGUCUGGGUGUUUUAUGUGAGAAAAAAAAUAUAUAUAGAACUUUUCCUUUCGAUUAGAUAUUAUGUAACGAAGAAUUGACAAAGGACGAACGUAAAGUUAAUGUAGCGUUCCAUGGCGACUCGUUUCUCACACAGAAUCGUUUUUGGUUUUAAGAUAUUCUGUUGUAUAAGGCUACUACGAGAUGUUCCAAGCGCUGAGAUGUCCAUAAAUGUCUGAAAAAUUAUGGGACCAAUGAGGAAAACAUUUGCAUUUAUUUGCAGAUCAACAAACUGAGAAUAAACCAGACGUUCCUUUUCAUAUGUGAUCUGUGAAUACAGGAAAAUAUGCUGUGGGAAAAAAUUUCCAGAUAUACGAACGUGUUUCAGGGAAGAUAAUGGAUAUGCAACUGAUAGAAAAUAUAUAAUUAAACGGAAAAUAUUAGACAUUCAAACAUAUAGUGAUCAUGGUCUACCGAAUUAAUGUAUACAAGUGUCUUGGAUUUUUAUUCACAAAUAUAGAAAGAAAAGUUUUAUCUGAACGUAAAUACACAAAAUGUGCUUCAGAAGUAUAAACAUAUCCAGGAAAUUCAAGAGGCGAAGUAAACAAAAACAAAAAAAGUUUGUUGCAGAAAUAUGCAUUCAUGAAUGGGUCAUCAAAAUGGAAAUGCAUUAUAAUGCGUAAC